AUGGAGUCGAGCGGCUACAAAGGCCCCAUCAACCCCAACCCGGCCGACGGCGAGUCGUCCGUCAUCAUCUAUGGCUACGUCCCCUCGCGCGCACUCGCCACCAUCGCCUUGGUCUCGUUCGGCCUCGUCGCACUCAACUACCUGUCCAUCCUCGCCCGCUUCAAGCAGUCGCGCGCCUUCAGCGGCCUCAUGGUCUUUGGCUGCAUCUGCGAGAUUGUCGGCUACGCAGCGAGGCUGUUCUCGCACUACCACCCCUACGUCGUCGUCUACUUCAUCAUUCAGUACUUCUUCAUCGUCGUCUCGCCCGUCUUCUUCCAGGCCGCCUUCUACCUCGCCCUCGGCCUCGGCCUGCGCCGCCUCGACCACCGCGGCAGCACGCUCCUCCGGUUCGAGCCCAAGAUCCUCAUUGCCGUCAUGAUCGUGUCGGACGUCGUGACGACCAUCAUCCAGGUCGUCGGUGCGGCCCUGAUCGGCGUCGCCGAGUCGGCGCGGUUCGGCAACGGCAGCGCGAGCAUCACGAGCGACCAGGCCAACGACAUCCUCCUCGCGGGCCUCGCGACCCAGACGGCGUCGUUCCUCGCCUUCCUCGUCCUCCUCGGACUGUGCAUCUGGCGCUCGGCGCGCACGUUCACGGCGGCGCACCUGCCCAAGCAGUUCUCGCUCCUCCUGUUCCUCGCCUCCCUCCUCGUCUUCCUGCGCACCACGUUCCGCCUCGCCGAGACGGCCCAGGGCGUGUUCGGGUACGCGUCGUCGCACGAGGCCCUGUUUGGCACGCUCGAGUACCUGCCCGUCAUCCUCGCCGUGUCGAUCUACGCCGCCAUCCCGCUCGAGCACCAGCUCCCGAUCGACGUCGACGACGAGCGGUACGAGCCGAGCGUCGACGACCGCUCGCUCGACAUGCGCCAGACGACAAAGGAGGCGCGCACGAUCGACCUGCGCAGCGGCGGCGGCGGCGGGCCGGGCGGCGCCGACCUCGAGCCCGAGGACGGCUACGCCGGCGAGGCCGACCGGCGCUCGCGCGACGGCAAGCGCGGCGGGUACGCCGCGCGCGAGGACGACGACGGCGCGCUGUCGAGCCCGAGUGGGAGCGGGAGCGGGACCGACUCGAGCCGGACGAGGACGCGCACGAGGAGCCGCGACGAGGUCGAGCAGCGCGACGAGGACGAGGGCGUCGUCAGUGACGAGUCGCCCAGGACGGCGGUCGAGCGUGGAGCGGGCAGCGGGAGCGACGCCGAGAGCGAGAAGAGGCGGUUGAAGCGCGAGUAG